AUGCUAGUCCUGUCUGGUAAUUUGAAUGGCAAAAGCCAAAGGCCAAAGAGCAGGCCGAGCAAGCCGAGCAGGGAAGGCGUAGGUUUAGCGAACGGACGACCAGUCUGUCUCGAUAUCCACGAGUCAGGAAGCAUAAAGAAGCCUCUGGAGGCUCUAGGCUGGCCAGGAACAGGAAGUGUAGAAUUUUGGAUCAGGAGACUGGGAGCCAGAAAGGCUUUUUCGGCCAUUCCACCAAUGGGGUAUUGUCGCUUGAAAGCGAUACUAGUCGCAUUCCUUCCAUGGGACUGGCACCGCAAACAUUCAGGCAAGUGUGCGGCGGAGACAGGAAGGAUCCCAGUGCUCUCUCCGUGGAUAGAAGACCGAGACCUGAGGAGCGGAGACCGGCAAUCGUUGAUCGAAUCUCGAGAUCUUGUUUGUCCGUUUGACCAGAGAACCACCCCAGGCACGAAAACCACCGGGGGUCUAACCCUCAAAAGGGAGAUAUGA